AUGUUUGAAACGGCCACCUUCCUCUUCCUCUUGCUGAUAUCUUCUCACAAGACAUUGAAAAUCAAGCAAUCCCUGGACAAGAAACAGGAGCAAAAUUGUUCUAUUCCUCAAUGGAUUCACGUGAAAACUGGUUACAAAAUCAGGUACAACUCUCAGAGAGGAGCCUGGAGGAGAAGGAAGUCGGGUCUCUGA